UUUAAUGAGCGUUCCUUAAUUUAUGGAUUAGGAAAACCGAUUGUUCGACGGGUUGAUCGUGCCGCCUCAGAACGUCGCCGGUUGGUGUUUUGGUGGUUUUGGUGGUUGCGUAUCGCGGACGGGUAUUUCCGGCGCCAGGGGAAGGUGAGUGCAUUCUCGGAUGUGUGCCGGGGCCGCGUUUCCGCGCCGAAAUCGCCCCAAAACGCGCCACCGCCCGGUUGCGGUGGAUGGCGUGCAGCCAUAAAAAUUGUGAAAAGCUCAUUAAAACAAAAGCUCACCGUGCCGUGCGGUGUAGCGGCGUGUGUGUGUGUGUGCGUGUGUGCGUGUGUGCGUACGUGCCUGUGCGUGUGUGUAUCUACCCGGCGGAAGAAGGGUGGUCUACAACCGAACCCGCGUGGCGGGAAUCGAAAGGAAAAAAAUCGGAAAAAUCCCCAACCAUCCCUAGUCGGUCCGCUUCGUAGACCGGUGGGAAAGAAUAAGAAGAAGAAGAAGAAGACGGUGGAGAAGGGAAAAAGAAACUAUCGCGAGCUGCGUGUGCGCCAAAAACACGAACAAACGCGCAAUGAAAAUGCCGACGAUCCGGUGGAGCGAUCGAGUGGAGCCAUUUCAACUGCUUCAUCUAGCUCUGGUGCUGGUGUUGGCCAGCCUCACCGUACAUCCGUGUGACGCAUCCUGCUACUUCCCGUUCGAGUUCCAGGGUGGUUACAUCACACAAAACACGGUCACACCAGAAGGAGCCGUCCGGUACAGUCGCAUCAACAUCACCGAGAAUGCGAUCCCACUGUGGGGCAUGUGCCACCGAAGGCGUGACAAUAACGUGAUCCUUAUGACGGGCUCGGAAGAAGCGAGCUGCUUCCGGUGCUUUCAUCUGAAGCUUGUCUCGAAGAACGUACUGCGGGUGUUGGCUGCCGAUCAGGACUAUCUCUCGAAAUGCCACACGAACGAGGAGAAAGCGCUCGCUUCCUGUCUCACCGAGGAUGACCUUCUGAACGAGGCGAAAAACACCGAGAUCAUCCUUUACAAAUUCCACGAAUGGGAUGGAGCUGAAGUUCGACAGGAGUACUGCCCCAUCCACGGUCGGUACCGGAUGACGUACAGCGUGGACAGCAGCGAUGCUCCGGAUGGUGUCACUGAAUGCGAUUCCGUCGAGUCAGAGGUCGACAAUUGUCCGUCAGGGUCGGCACUUAAUUUGCGCUUUCGAAACUGCGCCUUCCCAAAUCGCGAGGUUACGUUCGAGUGUCUCGGACAUUGGCGAGGUUUUGGAAACCAGAACUAUCUGGCACUGCUUGGGACUGGUGAAGAAUCACGGCUUGGACCGAAGUACCGAUGUGCGACUUACACGGAAAACCCGAAAACGGGUGAGAUCGACAUCGCAUUUAGCCGUGAUUCAACGUGCCGUGCGAUCGAACGACAGCUUGUUCGUCAUCCGAACUCACGCUACACCAACGGCAAUGGCAUCGGUGGUGGCGAAUACCAUCAUGAGGUGUUGAGUCUCCGUCCAAUCCCGCUCGAAUUUGGACCGGUCACGCAGUACUGCAGUUUUCCCAGCUGGCUGAUAGGACGAUGGGAGCACGUGAUCGUGAACCAAAACCAGCUCAUCUACAAGGACCACAACACCUUCAAGACGUACACGAUGAAGUGCGUCAAGAACUACACCAACCACGACUCGAACAAGUACAUCGUUUACAGCCAAACGCAAUGUGGUGAAGAGAUGUACCAAUGCCUGAAGGUGGAACGCCGUGACACGAACGUGUUCGAGUUCCAAAUCAGCACGCGCCAGUCAGCUAACUACACUGCGACGAUCUGCAACGACUUCUACUUCAACGACGAUCGGUGGCUGACACAGGGCCGACUCGACAACUCCGACACUGUAUCACCCUGUCCGAUCAUCGGCGAGUUUUCCGGCAUUAUCCCAGACGACGAGGGACUUUGUGCAAAGCUGUCCUCAGAGUGCGACUCGCAAGACAUCAUGCACUACCAGAUCUCGGCCUGCGAUUACAUGAACGAGGUGUAUGAAGAACGCGAAUAUCGCUGCCUCGGUCAGUGGACACAUCGGAACAUCGUGUAUACGUACACCCAGCGGCGAGAUGUUGGCACGUACGAGUGCUUCGUCGGUACGAUGCUAUCCGAUCGGCAGAUCUUCAUCAAGGAAGCCGGUGAACACUGUCAGCGAGACGUCAAUCCGAACCGGUUCGGCAUGGAGCUGAACAAGGUCGCUCACUGUACACCUCCGGAGGUGUUCAAAUCACCCGGUCGACCCACGCACAAGUACUCCGAGGUGCCACUUCCGACCCAGCGGCCGUCGGCGACGAAUUCUGGUUCCGGUUCCAGCGGUCACGCAGGUGUUCCGGCAUCCGGCAACGGCGUCGACGGCAAUCAUCUCCACCAAAGUUCCUCACCGUCCGGCCCGGUACCGAACCCAACACCAGUUCCACCGAUCGGAGGUAUCACGACCAGCCGGAACAGCGAAAGUGGCCACACCGGAAGUGGCACCGGUAGUGGCACCAGCGGAAGUGGCCACCCGCCGUACAAGACUAAUUCCAAACACGAACCGGCCUCGGUCAAACCGGGCACCGCCGGCUCAGCAGCCGCGCAUGUACAGUCGCACUAUACCUAUUUAUUGUUAGCAACGUUUAUCUGUGUUAUUCUAGGUCGUAAGCACUACUAG